CGCAGUUCUUUCAGGCAAGUCUCUAGGAUUUCUAUCCCUAUGACUGAUCAAUUCCAUCGCAGGAUCCGUGGCACAUGAGACGAAGAUCAAUAUCUACAACGCAUGCCAAUUCCCAGUGUGGCCGGCCUGGAUCCCCAAUGCCGGCGUUGCCCAAAUCGCCCCCGGGGGCGCCAAGCUCCAGCCUUACGAGUCCAUUCAUCUGCUCGCCCCCUGGGGCUGGUCUGGCCGAUUCUGGGGUCGAACGGACUGCUCCUCCUCCAUCGCUGCGAUCAAUUCAUGCAACACGGCUAACAACCACACGAUGAACACGAUGAUCGACUGCGAGACAGGGGACCGCAAUGGCGAGCUCGGGUGCUCCUCGCCGGGCCUUCCUCCCGCAACGCUAGUGGAAUUCACCCCGCUGCGCGAUCCCCACGCGCUGCUCGACCACUACGAUGUCUCGCUCGUCGACGGCUACAAUCUCCCGGUCAGAGUCAUCCCCUCGUCGAGCAGCUGCAAAUCCGCAGGGUGCAGCGCUAGUGCCGCCGACCUCCUCGCGCGCUGCCCGCCCGAGCUCGCGAUCCGGAGGAGCGGCGGCGACGCGGGCGUGAUCGCCUGCAAGAGCCCCUGCCUGGCGUUCAAGGAGGACAGGUACUGCUGUACGGGCGAGUACGGCAGCGCACGGAAGUGCCGCCCCAGUCCGUACUCGCGAUGCUUCAAGCGCUCUUGCCCGGACGCCUAUAGCUACGCGUUUGAUUCGCUCGACUCGGGCUUCGCAUGCCCGUCCGGGGCCGAGUACACGAUCGUGUUUUGUCCCAGGAGCUAUGGCCAUGGAUCCAGCGAGGGUUCUCGUUCGUGGUGAGAAAACACUGUAUAACUUCUCAUAUAUUAAUUUACAGCGCAUGGAACUUGAAUUGUGUGCCUAUGAAUUGAAGAAUGCCUGGAUCGAUCGAUCGGACCUAU